CGACCCUUGUCCCUAUAAUGAUGCCAAGAGCUGUCAUUGUUUUGAUUCUCGGAUGAGGUCUACGAAUCACCAGUUACAUAGUAUUAUUUUUCUGAGAGCACAUCACUAGUAAUAUAAUACUCACCCAGCUGUGUAUCUCGUUAUCAUCCAUGAGGCCUGGGGCUGAUUCAAGCAAAGGGAGCCACACUUGAGAAGGAAAAGGAGAAGGGAAAGGAGGGAGGGACUGGUGAGUGAAUGGAGACUUCCUUGGGGGUUUUGCUUUCUUUCUGCUUGAUAGGAGUCUGUAGCUUGAGCUUGUACUUCUACUAUAUCGCUUGGUUGCGGCCCGAGAGCAUUCGCGGCAAGCUGAGGCGGCAAGGGAUCGCCGGGCCUCCGCCGGCGUUCCUUUACGGGAACCUACCGGAGAUGAAGAGGUUGGUGAUGGCAGAGAAAGCCCGCAGAGAAGGAGGAGGAGGAGGCAUGAAGCAUGACUACACGUCGCAAGUGUUCCCAUAUUUUGAGCAAUGGAGAAAGAAAUAUGGUGCCAUUAAAUCGGACCGGAAGUGUUCGUAAGCCUAACAGUUGGAGCGGGCCCACGCCCGGAGAGGAGGCUAUUCUUUCGGGGUGUAAAAAAGACGCGCACUUGCUCCAUGUCGUCUCUUUAGGAGACCUCUUCUAUAGCAAACUAGAAGUGAAAGAUACAAACGGCCCUAUAUUCUCAUAUUCAAUGGGAAAUGUGGUCGCAUUGCAUGUUAGCCACCCAGAUUUGGUGAAGGAUAUCACGCUUUGUGGGUCUCUAGCUUUGGGAAAGGCUACGUACCUAAAGAAGACCCAUGAGCCUUUGUUUGGUCAAGGAAUUCUCAAAUCAAAUGGGGAGGCUUGGGCCUACCAAAGGAAGAUUAUAGCCCCUGAGUUCUUCUUGGAAAAGGUUAAGGGUAUGGUAGAUUUGAUGGUAGACUGUACCUUCCCAUUGUUGAACUCAUGGGAGAGCAAAAUCGAGCGUGGAAAGGGAAUUGCAGACAUAAAGGUUGAUGAAGAUCUGAGGAGCUACUCUGCUGAUGUAAUUUCUAGAGCCUGUUUUGGGAGCAGCUAUAUCAAGGGAAAAGAGAUAUUUUUGAAGCUUAGAGUGUUGCAGAAGGCCAUUUGCAAACCUAAUAUGUUCGUCGAAAUUACCGGUGUAAGGCACAUUCCUACAAAGAGAAACCGAGAAAUGUGGAGGCUGAACAAAGAAAUCCGCUCGCUGAUACUGCAGGUAGUGAAAGAGGGGAAAGGAGGAGAUAAGAAUCUAUUGCAGGCCAUCCUUCGCAGUGCAAGCAAUGGUCGCAUAGGUCCCAACACCACAGAUAGCUUCGUGGUGGACAACUGCAAGACCAUAUACUUUGCAGGGCACGAGACGACUGCAGUCACAGCCACUUGGUGCCUCAUGCUGCUCGGUCUGCACCCGGAGUGGCAAGCCAGGGCAAGGGCCGAGGUUGCGGAGGUCUGCGACGGUCGCCCGACGGAUGCCCGGUCACUUCAGAAGAUGAAGAUAUUAACCAUGGUGAUUCAGGAGGCAUUGCGACUCUAUCCUCCUGGAGCAUAUGUGACAAGGGAGACCCUUCAGGAAAUGGAGUUUGGAGGCAUUCAUAUUCCCAAAGGUGUCAAUGUCUAUGUUCCGGUAUCGAUCUUGCACCAUGAUCCCAACAUCUGGGGUCCAGAUGUGCAUGAGUUCAAUCCUGAGAGGUUUGCAAGUGGGGUUCAUGGCGCUUGCCAGCAUCCGCACAUGUAUGUACCAUUCGGCGCUGGGACUCGGACAUGUCUAGGUCAAAAUUUCGCCAUGGUUGAGUUGAAGAUUAUACUCUCUCUCGUUCUUUCAAAGUUCAGUUUUACCUUGUCACCAAGUUAUCAGCAUUCCCCUACGUUAAGAUUGAUUGUAGAACCUGAAUUUGGAGUAAGUCUGAUCAUGGAGAAGGUAUAAAACAACAUGGAGAGGAAAAUAUUUGGCUUAUUAGAUAGUGUACAGUAACUCAUUUCAUUACCCUUCAUACUUGUAAGUACAUCUCAAAAUGGCAAUGAUAUAUAGUUUCGCUUCAUAUUUUGGUUCAA